AGAGAGAGAGAAAGAGAGUAGGAACAGCUGUCAUUAAAAAAAACCUCCAUUUGGGACGGUUCCUGUGAAGCGAGAGACAAUGUCGAAGGAACUUGACUUGAGGUCUCUGGUGCUGUUCCACAAUGAGGGUCUUAACACCCAUCUACACUCUCUCAGCAGUGAGGACGAGGCCUGGAAAAGCUACCUGGAAAAUCCACUCACUGCAGCAACUAAAGCCAUGAUGAGCAUCAAUGGUGACGAUGAGAGUGUAGCAGCUUUGAGUUUUCUUUACGACUAUUACAAGAUCCCAAAGGAGGAAAGAAUCCUUUUGCCUGGAAGAGUACCUUAUCCAUGUGAACUGAGCCCAGUAAAAAGGAAUAACCCUGGAACAGGAUUCGAAUUUGACGAUAUUCCAUCUCUGGAUAAUUCAAUCCAAGGUCUCAAAUAUUUUCCUGAGAAUCUCACCGUGGCAGCGGAGUACCCUGACCCAAUGAGGGGUCCCCUCCGCAGUGCCUCGGACUCUCUCUUUGCCGUUCCCAAAGCCGCCGAGCUGCCAGACUUGCCCAAGACCCCCACCCAGUUGGGAACCUACACCACUCUUCCCAUGGACCUGCACGACCACAGUCUCAACGAUUCGCUCAAUAAUAUCUUACUGCCUCCGACACAACAAAGGUGGCCCCCAGAAAACUGCUACAGAGAUAAUUUCAAGGGCUCGUCAACCGAGGGCUUUUUUGAUGAUUUGAUCAGAGCACCGAGUCUGGAGGAGAAUACACAAAGCGGAGCAAGGACUGACUUUAUCUGUAUGCUAGAGGCACCCAAAUCUGUGAACCAGAAACCAGGAGAGGAAGCAAUGGGUUACCUUAACAAGGGGCAGUUUUACCCCAUCACACUGCGGACCACGGAAAACAGCAAAUGCCUGCAACAAUCUUCAUCCAAAGUCCGAAGUGUCAUUAUGGCUGUUUUUGACAAUGUGAAGACUCCAGAGGAUCAGCUGAAAUUCUGGAAACAUUGGCAUUCUCGACAGCCCACAGUCAAGCAGAGGGUCGUUGACUUUGCAGAUUACAAGGAAAGUGCCAACACGGUCAGUUGUGUUGAAGAGGUGGCCUUCAACGCUCUGUCAUUCGUCUGGGAUAGUAACAAGGAAGCAAAGGUGUACAUUGGAAUUAACUGUCUGAGUACGGACUUCUCCUCACAGAAGGGGGUGAAAGGUCUUCCCUUAAAUCUCCAGGUAGACACAUACGCCUGUGAUGCUGAAUCCACCAAACCCAUCCAUCGGGCUUUCUGCCAGAUCAAGAUAUUUGUGGACAAGGGAGCCGAAAGGAAAAUGAGAGAUGAAGAACGUAAGCAAUCGAGAAGAAAAAGCAAGUUCCCCGAUUCGACCACAGGCACCGCACAUAAGAGAGUCCCGGCCACAGACCACAAGUCCAACGAUGUGACCUACUUUAAAACGGUGUCGGAUCUGGUGUCCAUCCCGGUUCUCUUCACUCCCGAAAGCCAUUUCCUUUAUCCUCAGCGAAACGGAUUGAGUCACUUGAUGGAAUCUGAAGCACUGUAUCACGAAGGAUUUUCAAUGAAAAGGAAAAACAAGGAAAUCUACCCAGAAGAGUUGGAAACUCCAGUCAAACAAGCCAGACUUUGUGAACCAGAGAGAGUGUUGCUAUAUGUCCGGAGAGAAAUGGAAGACGUAUUUGAUGCCCUGUUGUUAAAGACCCCCAAUCUUCAUGGACUGAAGAACGCAAUCUCGGAGAAAUAUGGACUGCUGGAGGAGGGGAUUUGUAAAAUUUAUAAGAAGUGUAUGAAAGGAAUCUUGGUGAACAUGGAUGACAACAUUGUGCAGCAUUACUGUAACCACGCUGCGUUUCUGGUGGAGGUGAAGGACAUUAUCGGAGGCUGUCAGAUAAUCCUGAAAGAGAUUUAAGGAGUCUCGGCAUUUAUGGACAAACUGGCAUGAGAACAUAAGUCAGUCAGCAGUCACCCUACCUCUCCCUCGCUGCUCCAAGCACAUUUAUUUGUUGGACCUUUCUGAUAUUUGGACUGACCAAGGAAAGGUCUCACUUUGAACAGGACAAGUUUUUUGCAACUGAACUUAACGAACAUGUUGGGAGGACUUUUUUUAUAUACUGUAUUAUAUAUAUAUAGAUAUAUAUAUAUAUAUAUCUGCAACCAAGAGGGUGACAUGAGUUUGAAGGAGUUCACUUUCCCACUUGUUGAAAUGCUCUUGUUUAGAAAGCUGAACACAUUAAACCUAGGUGCACAGAGUACAAGGAAUAUAUUUCAGUUCGACCUUAACUGACGCAUUAUGUUUAUUGUGUCACCGAAUCUCUAGGUAUACCUCAACGUAUCAGAAAGUUAAUCUCAGGAUUUCAGGCCUUUUUUCUUCCCAUCAUCCAUGCGUGUGUGUGUGUGUGUUUUGUUUCUCUGUGUGUCUGAAACCCCAGCGAUGUUUCACACUCUCUGCAAAUCCUUCAGUGUAAGGAAUUGCAAAGACAUCAAUGUAAAAAAACAACAACCUUGUUAGAGUGCUGGUGAAGUAUGUGGAAGAAUUUGUUGUCGAUAGAAAUGCAAUUCAAAACUCUUUAAGAGAUGUGAAAUGCUGUGUAAACCCAGACACUUUUUCCCUCACCUUCAAGUUAAGUGCAGUCAAAAGUGUCAAUGUAUUAGCAAAAUCUUGCCCCAGUUAUACUUCAUGUAUCAUCUUCAACACACUUGCCUCUUGCGUUGAGAGAGGAAAUGUUCAUGUUUCAUGUGUAAUUAGAGUUUAUGCAGAUGUCCCUCUUUUAAAGACUAGACUGGAUCGAAAGGUAAUCUCAUGUAAAGUCUUGCCAUAGUAAUUGAGAAACCAAAUAUUUUGGGAAACCCCAAGAAUUUCUGGUAUUUUGUUACUGGACAUUAACCUCCUUUGUAAGUACUGAAUGUGUUUUUUUCCCCUGCCUGUUUCACUGUUUGCCAUAGUAUAUUACUGAGAAAUUGUACAAUGAAGUUUGGAAACGUUGCCUUUGAUGAUUGGCACUUGGCAAAAAAACUUGUCGUAGGAAAGCAAUGUUUUCCUACGUGUAGCAACAAACCAGGGAGAGCACAAGAACUAAACUGGCCCUCUGUCUCUUAGUCAGCUUACAAAUUUGUUAUGGAGAUUGCCAAAGGGGCUACCAAUGGAUAUGUUCCAUUUCUGCGAUUGAGGCUUCAGUAAAUCAAGGUGAAUUAUUUGUACCUUCGGCUGGUUUACUAAGCGACAUCCAUUGUUUUUAAUCUAACCUCCUUGUUUGUAUCUCAGCUCAGUUUCUGUCGUCUUCUUAUUAACUCUGGUGAGUUUUAUGCAUUGUGGAAUAGUUAGCGGGUGAGGACUGUGCUUCGGGUGUCUAUGGCACAGCAUAAAUACUGUAAAUAUGAUCAAAAAAUUUGCAAGGCUCAAGAGCUGGACAGUAUGGUGAGGGACAUUUCAUUAUUUCUUUCUGAAUUUUUUUAUAUACCACAGAAGUGAUCUCAGAAUUGAUAUUUUUGUAUUAACCCACGGUAAUGGCUUCAUGGAUAACCAAAUCCAGAUGCUUUUUUUUAUAUAUAUAUAUAUUAUAUAUACUGUAUAUAGCUUUGCUAUUGUCAUAAUAGGUUCCGAAUGACACUACAUAGAAGCUGAACUGCCACAUUCUGCCUUUCGAGAUUUCAAUACAUCGAAGUUUCAACAGAUAAAUAUAACUUUUAUCGCAUUGUUAAGUUGAUGAUAUUCCUUGUUCACUGAAGGAACAGAAUUUCCCUGUCACAGUAUUCCAUCAGCAUUGGUUCCCUGCCAUCAGGCACUUAUAGUGCAAGACUUUCAAAAGGUCAAUUAAUAAAAAAAAAACUUUUAAAGUAACUUUCAAAAUGAUGAUGAUAUCAUUGUUUUUUUUUGUGUAAGAAACAAAAUCUGUGCAUUUUCCUUUCAACCAGAUCCAAUGGACGUGCACAUUAUCUUGGACCAAUGUUCCAAUUAGAACGUGCUGUUUAAGUAAUCAUUUGUUUAUGAGCCACGAACAGAUACGGGGAAUGUCUCUCCAACUCUCGUAUCUCCUGGUUGUCUAUUUCGUCACGGUUUAUGACUCUCAUAACGUUUGGAAAAUGCAGAUGGAACAAGUCGUGAAUCUGAAUACGUUUUUACAAAGAAACAACCCCCCCCCCCACCACCCCCCACCUC